CAAUUGCUAAGCAGCAAUGGACUGCAACAACUCCAGUGCAAAUCUAAGCUCCAGACCACUGCUGCCUCCUGGUUUACUUCCUCCAGUACCACCCCCAAAUCUUUCGUCUUCAUCAUCCAUGCCAGUGCCACCAUCAGUUUCUAUGUCUGCCUCAUUUCUGAGACCUCCAACUCUGUUCUUGCGAGCUGCAGCUGCUGCAGCAGCCUGUAGUCCCAGAAUAUCUUUAGACAGAGGGACAGGUGGAGCAGCCAUGUACCCACGAACUCCAAAAUGUGCACGGUGCCGUAAUCAUGGAGUGGUAUCUGCACUUAAAGGGCACAAACGUUUUUGUCGCUGGAGGGAUUGUACAUGUGCCAAAUGCACCUUGAUUGCAGAGCGCCAACGAGUCAUGGCUGCACAGGUGGCACUCAGAAGACAACAAGCUCAGGAAGAAUGUGAAGCCCGGGGUGUGCAACAUUUCAUGUACUCAGGGCCAGGAACAGAUGGAGGAGAGACCAUUGGACACAAACCACAGACAGCGCAAGUCCCCAAUCAGCUAGAGAAAUCCAAUGAAUCAAAAGAAAAACAUGAUGACCUCUAUGGAAGAUUAUUAAGUUCAGCCAUGAUUUCUCAAAGUUUGUCACAAACAUCUGUAGCUGUAAAAGUAAAUACAUGCCAAACUCUGAAGUCCUCAGGUUUAAAUAAUCCAAGUAAAGAAAAUUCCAUUCCAUCUCCUAUUUCUGAGGAAAGAUCAGAAAGUGCUGAUAGUCCAAGAUCUCCAUCUUCUUCUGACCAGGAAUCAGGUAAUGAGAAUGAGUGGACCAAAGAUCAUUGUGCCUCUAAUCUUAGCAUCCCUGUUGUGUCUAUGAAGCACAGAGAUCCCCAGGAGAUUCUUAGAAAAGUUUUUCCAAACCAUAAACAGAACAUAUUAGAAAGCAUCCUGCAUUUUUGCAAAGGAGAUGUGGUUCAAGCCAUAGAGAUGGUUUUAAAUGGAAAGGAACAAGUUGUGAAAGAAAAUGAAAUUCCAUCAGGAUCAGAUGUCGACACUUUUACAAGAGACGGAACAAUCAAUAUUACUGGGUUAGGUUUUGGUGCUUUUGGCUCCAAAUCUGCCUUUUCCCCUUUGCAUCCUAAUCCAUUGGCUGCUGGAAGUGAUACAAAUAUCUUUCAUUCUAGACUUGGCUUAAGUCCAUUACACUUUACCUAUUCCACAACUAACAGAGGACUUCCUGGGUUUAUAUCCCCUUACAGCUUUGUGCCAUCUUUUCCUUUUCGUCCCAGCAUGGAUUACACAUUCCCUGGAAUGUUAAGGGAUGCACCUUAUUACCCACGCAAAGAUGCAAUGAAUAUCUCUGGACUUUACUCUAGAUUGAACCAACAACAUCAUUAG